GUGCCCCCAAUUAAGCUAAUUGGCUUUUCCGUGUCUCGCUAACUCUUGUCUGUUAGCAGUGCAGGCUGUGAAUCAAAGGAAGCCGGCGUGCAGAGCGAAAGUAGAGCGAUGUUUUGCUGUCUUAAUACACUGCCAGUCCCGCUGCAGAUCUGCAUGGGGAUGUGUCUGCACCAGGAUAUCACAGAAGAGGGUAAAAAGGCAAAACUCAAGAGCUCUAAAAUAGAGCAAGACCUCUGUGAACAUGCCAAGACUGAGAUGAACGUGAUGAAAAUCCUCAUGCUCGGAGCUGCAGAGAGCGGAAAGAGCACCCUGAUCAAACAGAUUAAGAUCAUCCACAGUCACGGCUUCUCCAAACAGGAGCUCCUCAGCUUCAAGUCUGCCGUACUGGACAACCUGCUGACCUCUAUGAAGUUUGUUCUUCGUGGAAUGGGGAUGCUGAGGAUUAACCUUGCUAACAAGAAGAACAAGAUGCGCGCUCGCUCCAUCCUGUCCUGCAGUCAGUGUUUGGGGGACGACCAGGAACUGCUUCCUUUUGUGGCUCACGCCCUCUGUGCGCUCUGGGCCGACCAAGGGGUGCGAGCGGCUGCAGCCAGAGGUUACGAGUUUGAGCUGAACGACUCUGCACUCUAUUUCUUUGAAAACAUUAGUCGAAUCAUCGCUCCCAAAUAUGUUCCCACGGAGACAGAUGUUCUGAGAGUGAGAGUGAGGACCUGUGGAAUCAUUGAGACGCAGUUUCAACUUAAUGAAAUUAUCUUUCGGUUGUAUGAUGUCGGGGGCCAGCGGAGCGAGAGGAGGAAGUGGCUCAGCUGCUUUGACUGUAUUCAGGCUGUGCUGUUUGUCGUCGCCCUCAGCAGCUAUGAUAUGACGCAGACGGAGGACCUGUCAGGGAAUCGACUGAAGGAAAGUCUUGAACUUUUCACAUCCGUCUGCACCAACACAGUCUUUAGGAGCACUUCACUGACUCUGUUCAUGAACAAAACAGACCUUUUCAAGGACAAGAUCCUACACUCUGGAAGACACUUGAGAUUUUACCUUUCUAGUUACAAAGGAGCAGAUUGUGACGUGGGCGCUGCAGCCCACCACAUCGCUGCCAUGUUCUCCUCAUGUAACAGCAGUCCAGACAAACCCGUGUACCAGCACUUCACCACCGCCACAGACACCACCAACGUACAGGUGGUGUUCCACAUGGUCAUAGAUCAGGUUAUGAAGGUGAACCUAGCAGCUGUCCAGCUGCUGUAAAAGUUCCCUCAAGGCUGGUUUAGAUUGUGUUUUUUCAUUGGUGGAAUUUUACAGUGGGCAAAUGUUUGCCAAUUUUUAGAUAACUUAUAAGCUGCUAAAAUUACUUAACAUGAUAAAGCUGCACU